GCCAAUGGCAGCACUCCUCGUUCCAAGUUCUCCUAUUGCUCCCUGCGCGCUUCUGCCCACGGGGAGAGAAAUCGGAGAAGAUCGCCAGGCCUCUCAUCGAUUUCUGUUCCCGCUGCUUUCUUUUUCGGCGGUAGGCGCAGGGCAGAAACAGAGCUAGUUUGCGUGAUAUCAUGGUGAAGCAGAGUGUCAUCGUCCCCGAGGAGAUCGCCAUCCCCGCCGCGGUGGCGAUGGCGGAACCGCCGGCCCACCUCCCUUCCUUCCCGCCGCCGCGAUCCUCCAGUCUCGGCCUCCGCCGCGCCGGCUACAACAAGCUGUUCCUGAGCCAGCCCGACGUGGCCAGCGGGAGGCCCAGCACAUUGGUCGACUCCAUGCGGGCCUCCUCCCCCACCCACCCGAAGGAGGCCUCCGCCUUCCUCUCCUCCUUGCCCGACGCCGAGUAUAAGGACUGGCUGACGCAGCACCCGUCGGCGCUGAGCAACUUCGACGACGUCGUCGCGGCGUCGAAGGGGAAGCAGAUGGUGAUGUUCCUCGACUACGACGGCACUCUGGCCCCUAUCGUCGACGACCCCGACCGUGCCUUCAUGUCGGAGCAGAUGAGGGAGGCCGUUCGAGACGUGGCGAGGCAUUUCCCAACUGCCAUCGUGAGUGGCAGAUGCAGGAACAAGGUGUUUAAUUUUGUACGAUUGAAGGAGUUGUACUAUGCUGGGAGCCACGGCAUGGACAUAAAAGGUCCUAGCAAAAGCACCAAACAUACAAAAUCAAAGGCCAACCCUGUUUUGUUUCAACCAGCCAGCGAGUUCCUUCCUAUGAUGGAUGAGGUGUAUAAAGCACUGGUAGAGAAGACAAAGUUCAUCCAAGGAUCCAGAGUUGAAAACAACACGUUCACUUUAUCAGUUCAUUACCGAUGCGUCGAGGAGAAGAUAUGGAACUCAUUGUCUGAGCUAGUCCGUUCAGUGCUCAGUGACUACCCAGAGCUCCGGCUCACAGUAGGAAGAAAGGUGUUGGAGAUUCGCCCGAGUAUCGAAUGGGACAAGGGGAAGGCUCUUGAAUUCUUGUUAGAGUCAAUAGGAUUUGUGAAUUACAACAAUGUGUUUCCAGUGUACAUAGGAGAUGACCGCACUGAUGAAGAUGCUUUCAAGGUAUUGUGCGAAAGAGGACAGGGUGUAGGGAUCCUUGUUUCUAAGUUUGCAAAGGAAACAAAUGCAUCCUACUCUCUUCAAGAACCAUCUGAGGUUAACAAGUUUUUGCGUCGGCUCGUCGCAUGGAAGAAGCUCCACUUGAAGGAAUGAUAUCAGAGUUGUUAGCUGAGGAAAAAAGACUAGAUGACAACACUAGUUUUGUGAUCUUAACUAUGAGGAUGUUAUCACCUCGGUUUAGUCUACUACUUCUAUUAAUCCUUUUUCCUGCCAAGAACUGUAACUACUAAUAUGUGCAAGAUGAGUAUGUACGUACCUAGAAAUCUUGCAAAAUGUCACUCCAGCCUAUGUAUUGUCUGAUCUUCACCAGAUCUCCCUUUUUAAUGUAAAUUAUGCAUGAUGCAAUGACAAAGAUGAUUCUUCCUGA